UAUCCGUAUUGUGCGGCGAGCAUAAAUAGGCCUUUACGCGGCGCCGUACGACGACGCUCUCUGUCAUGGUGUCUAGAUGAGGUGAUCCUGCAUACAGCUACGAUCUCGUGCUCAGUGUCAGUAGAUGAGGAACGAGACAACACUGUAAGACGACUGUAAACCGUGUCCCGUCAUAAAAUGUGGGGACCAUAGGAACAGAGGCGUCCCACGAGACCACGGUACUGCCUGGAGACAAGAAGAGGGCGGCUCGCUCAUCUGUUGCCAGGGUGAAUUAAUCAACACGCUAACAUCAGGCUAGCUAGCAGAACGUAGGUCCGUGACCUAGCAAUGAGCCUGACAGCCGAAAUGAUCAGUGUCAUCUCACGAUUGUGGUCCACAGCCUUCCUCUCAGACCUUUGUUAAAUACUGGAUCUAGUCAAGCGGAGGUUUACUGUCCAGAGAGAGGCGUGAAGGACAGGAAUGAGUUCCUUGGACUGCUAACAAGCUAACGAAAGCUAACAGGUUAGCUGCAUGGUCGUGGGAUGAUAGGCUAUGCGGCUUCUCAGCGGAGCCGCUCAGUCAGCUAACAUGGGACUUUUAUUUCACAUUAACUCUGUCUGGAAUAGCUCAGUAUAAUGACCGGACAGCAGUUCAUAGCCAGCUAGGAGGCCGUGGUGAUAAUGGAGUCUUUCCUUCAGAUAGCGCCCCAUUCUUUGGCCAUAGUGCUGUCCAGGGUCGGGGCUGGGGACGCGGCAGGUGCGGCCGGUGUGUCGGAGAGCGACGAGCUGCCCAGACACCACACCGGCUACGAAAUCUUUGCUGAUUUCAAAGCGGAAAAUUCCCAGCAGCACAUAUGGAACCAGCGGAUUACUGAAGCCGUGUCCGAGACUUUCUUCCUGGGAUGGAUAGAUGAGCACGUGCUGCUGAUCCAGGGGAAAGAGGACCACCUGGAGGUGCUGAGGGAGGGAUGGAUGCGGAGGUCUCUGAACCCGCCUCGAGGAUUCAUCAUCAAGUACCUGGGUGAUGUGUCACCCAUCAGCAUGUCCCCCAUCAGCCAGUCACAGUUUGUACCUCUGGGAGAGGUUCUGCUGUUGGCCAUCUCUGCUAUGAACUCUGCCCAUAAGCCUGUCACUCAGGAGGCCCUAACAGAACACCUGCAGACAUGUUUUCCAGGUGUUCCCACUCCGACGGAGGAGGCUCUGCAUCACACUCUGAACAUGCUGGUCCGUGAGCGGAAAAUCUACCCGACCCCAGACGGAUACUGCAUCGUUACCCCCCAGACCUACUUCAUAACCCCAAGCCUCAUCAGAACCAGCACCAAGUGGUACCACUUAGAGGAGCGGUCGGCUGAGCGACACCCCAAACAGCAGCAGCAUCAGCAGACCCAGUGCACCUCCCCUCUCUCUGGCACUAUAACCCCCUCCACCUCUGGGGGGCUGCGAGACCGGACCCACCCAAAGGCCAGCCAGAACCUCUGUGGAGGAGGUGAGGACUGUUUUUACCGGUCAGACGACCCUCCGAGCCACCAUACCACUCUGCAGCGCCGCUCCCCUAAAGACCACCGGGAGGCGUACUCAUCACAACACUCCCCCCAGACUCCUCCUCAGCCAGCAGGAGGCACCACUGAGAAGAGCCGGAACAGCCUGGGGUUCCCCUUCAAGACGGACACGCUCACCAAGCACCGCGGGGGGGGCGGAGUUGGAGAUGUCGAGAAACAGACUGGAGGAAACGGGACAGGAAGCCGGAAGUUUGGUCUGAAGUUGUUUCGUCUGAGUUUUAAAAAGGACAAGGCGAAGCAGCUGGCCACAUUCUCUGCUCAGUUCCCCCCGGAGGAGUGGCCCCUCCGGGAUGAGGAGGCCCCCAGCCAGCUACCGCGCCACGUGGAGAUGGAGAUCAUUCGCAGGAUCAACCCUGAUCUCACUGUGGAAAACCUGGCACGACACACUGCUGUCAUGAAACGCCUGGAAGAGGAGCGUGCUCAGAGGAGCAAAGCAUCAUCAGCCAAUCAGAGCUCCCGCAGCAGAAAAAGCGGCGGUCGGCACAGGAAGCAGUCCCAGACCAAGCUCAACCGCUCCCACAGCAAGACCAGGGCGUUCCGGUUCGAUCCCGGCGAUGGAUCCCACUUAGACCCGGCUGAUCGGGACUACCGAGGCUACUCCUCCUCACUGGCUCGGUCACCGCGUGAACAAGCCCUCGCCAUGGAGCGUCAGAGGGCCCGGCUUCACCUGGCACACAGCAUUCCCAACAUCCUGGACCCCUCCCACCUUCCUGUCACACCCGAGUGGGAUGUGUCCGGAGAACUAGCCAAGCGGCGCACGGAGAUGCCUUUCCCCGAGCCAAGCCACGUCCCAUCUGCCCACCACUCCAAGGUCCACCGCUCACAUUCCCACACCCAGGAGAGGAAGUCUCGGAACGAGCGCAGCAGCAAGGCCAAGGAGCGCUCCAGGUCAAUGGACAACUCUAAAGGACCUCUCGGAGCCGGACUCAUUGGACCACCGGACUACUAUGAAGACCGGACCCGUUACUACACUGAUGACGGCACCCUGCGGGCCAAUCAGAGCUCUUCUCAUUAUGCCCGGGCCACGCCCCCCAUGGCAAAGGUGCCAGGGGAAUCUCUGGGAUUGGACGGUGUCAGGAACUUUGAGAAGAGUAAGAGCAGGGACAACUUACCGGCCUACUCUCCCAAGCCACUGACCACAAACCCUCCGGAUGAUUACUUCCAGUGCUCUGGCUCCUCUGAAGUGGCAGCCACAAACACACUGGGAACUCUGGGGAAAAGCAGCCAUGAUGGUUUGAAACUCAGCAGCACCGACCGGAAGGUGGACAGACAGACGUCCCAUCCACUGGAAAAUAAGGAGGACUUCCAGAAGUCUGGACCUAAAGGUGGCAGCCUGCCUCCUAUACCUCUCUCUGUCCCUGAUCCCUCCAUCACUAACGGACGACCCCCCCACAGCACCUCUUCCAGUCAGGAGAAACACAAGGAGAUCUUUAGUAAAGACACCUUGUUCAAGCCCCCCCCUACCCUCCCUCUGCCGGGUUACAGCUCCCUGAGAAAGCCCACGGCUCUCUCCUCCACUCUGUCUUCCUCCUGCGACGCUCUCGACUCCCACAACAACUUCGAUGCUCCUAAACCACUGUUGGCAACGCUGCCUGCUCCACCACAGGGACUCGAACCUGCAACCGGCGCUGCAGAGGCCUCUUUCGACUACUACAACGUCUCCGACGACGAGGAACUGGAGGACGGGGGAGCUAAAAGUCGAGAGGAUGGGGAGAAGCCUGGAAGGAGCGUAGCUGGGCUUGAAAGAGGAGGAGCUGGGACCAUGCAGUGGCUGCUGGAGAGGGAGAAGGCCAGGGAUCUGCAAAGGAGGUUUGAAAGGACCCUCACCUUCUCCGGUGCUAAAGAGAACCAUCCCGAACCCAACCAGAACCAGCAGUCGGCCCACUCAGCCCGGCUGGACAGCAUGGACUCCAGUUCUGUCACUGUAGACAGUGGAUUCAACUCCCCACGGACCAGAGAGAGUUUAGCGUCUAACACCUCGUCCAUCGUGGAGAGUAACCGACGGCAGAACCUGGCUCUGAGUCCAGGACACCUCGGCAUCACCACUGCCGGCGCUCCUACUUUCUCCUUCCGUGCCACAUCGGAACCUGCUGGAAGCCAACCAGAUAAACUCCAGAAGCCCAGCACCUGCCUCGCCUCCAUCACCAGUGUGUAGGCUUCACCCUGCGCACUGAGACCAGAAAGUCCAGACCCACCACCGAGGACUGUUAAAGACUGGAUGAGUGGAGCUGGGAUAGGUUCAUUGUGGAAACAUACACUGGAUUACAUCACUAGGAAAUUAGUCUAACACACACGUCAUCCACAGGGUGGACUGGGAUCAUGUCUCUGCAGCCUCCAGCUUAGACACAGCUGUCCUGUCACAUGACCGGUUGAAGAGAGAGAAUGUUUAUGUCUUAGUAAUCUCAGGUUUUGUUGUUUGCUCCGCUCAUCCAUCAAUCUCUUUCCAGCUCAAACUGGUCUCAUUUCAAACUGCUGAGAGAAAAACGAAAACUAAUCAAAAUCAACUUUAAAUAUUUACUAAAGAGGUACAAUUAGAAGUUAAUGAUUGACAGCUGGUCCCAUUUAAUAAAAUUAAAAUACUAAACCAAACGAGAAGAGUUGAGCCCUUAAAACUCCAAAC